UGCUUUGAAACUUUCGUAAAAAGCCCAAUUCUUGUCUGAAAAAACAGACGGCACAAGCCUCACCGAUUCUACCCCGUGCACAGUAAUGAUGCGCUGGAAGUAACUCACCGCAAAACAGUAAACCCCAGCAAGUCAACAACCAGCUCAAGUUCUUGACCACUGUUUUGAGUGCAAUUCUACCGGUGAAGUUGCAAGCUGUCUUACCAGCAGCACCCAGCCGUACCUCGUGACGAGUGUAUAGUACGGCAAGUCUUCGUUGUCGGAUUGUCGGGUCCAGCUCAAAGGUUUGUGUCCGUGUAGCGACGAUGAGCUUCUACCACCCUCCCGACAAUGCUGGCGUACAUCAAGACCAGGGGCGGCUCCCAACAGUUGAGGCACCCUGCGAUUCACACGACGCGUCUGCGGCGGCGGCUGUCCACCCGACUCCGGCUAUUCACAUGCCUGCGUUUCACGGGAGUGCCGUCCCGCGUCUGGAUCUUUCGCGCGCGGAGGCGAUCCAGAGACAGCGAGUGAAUAUCCCCAGCGGGACAUCAACAGUGAAACCAGCGGGAUCUCAGGUAGAGACCGCCGCAGCCAAUGCCGUGCCGCAGUCGACUGGGAAUGUCUUUGUACCCAACAUGAGCGUCCCUUCGCACGUGAUGGCCGUCUCCACACCGGGGUAUGGCUACGGAGCUGUCCCUUCGACUGCUUUUCCGGCAAAUGUCAUGGCGACACACAUGCUAGUGGAGCCGAACCACAGGACCGCAAGCACGACACUUGGGGAGAGAGUCGUGCAGCUCAGGGAUCCGCGAUGUGGACCGAAUACUCUGUGUACUGGCAUGCCCUUUCCGGGCUGCGGCGAUGGCAUUGAGAUUCCUGUGAGUCUCGCAGCCGACGCCUUGAUUGAUUUGAGCACGACACGAAGCCAAAGAAUCGCUGACGGCUGUCGAUGCUGUGCGGGGCCACUGUCAGUCUUUUUUGGCCAGCGCGGGCGUCAGCCGGCUCUGCCUGUUGAGCCGCAGAGACGCAAGACGGCUUCUGUGUCAGUGUCUCCUUCGCCGUCAAGGACGUCUUUCCGCUAUGGCCACUUCGUCGACCCCAAAAACGCUUACCAAGAAAGAUUUGCCUCCGUCCCGCAACCGGUGAUGACAGAGGUGCCUUUGAAUGCCUUUCCCGUCGGAACCAUGCCCACCAUGGUGUUUGUGCCGCCGCAUUUCUUUGCCGGGAACAAAGGCGUGUACCAGGGGAAACCCUGUGAUUUGGAGCGGCGCGCCAACGAGCAGCGACAGUCCGUCUCCCGCGAGGGUGGACAGCGGAGGGCUGGUGAUAGAAAACAAACUACAGGAAUGGAGAAAUUACUGUCUGAACGUGAAAAUUCCGACGCCGGUGUAGGAGGUGAGGACCGCAAACAACCGAUUCAGGCGACUAUGCAGGCCCAAGCGAAGCGUGAACGAAACAGAACUUCACUAGCCGAUGCUUGCCAGUUUGCCACAGGCGACGUGACUGUGGCGCCCUCCGGGGCACCCGUGCAGGCAACUAUGGUGUUGUCUGCGGGAGUUUCUCCGUCGAAGCCUGCGUCUGACAAGGACUCAAACGUUGCGAAUAGCUCUGUGACAACGGGGUUUUUGGACCUCCGUGGGACUAAUCAGUCUGCUACGAAAAUGCCGACCACCGAGGGAAGACGCGCGAGACGUGCAGGUUCCGAGACACACCUGGCGACUCUCGAGUCUCCCCUUGCCACCACUGAAGGGAGUCUGCCAGCGAGUUCCAGCGCCGCUGGUAGCGACCAUGCUCAGCAGAACAGCACUGGUUCCCUCGCCAUUUGGCGUCAGCUGGAGGAGACAAAAGAGCAGUACCGUCGUGUCCAGGAACAGUUCGAGAUGGAGAAUGAGAGUCUGAAAGACGAGAAUUUGCGGCUUCAGGAGGCAGUAGUCUCCAUGCAGAGUCGGGUGCAACACAUUAUUGACGUCCUCCACACCUUGAAAACGAAAAAUGCCGGCCAUCCGCCAACGUGUGACAAAACCAACGAGGACCUUGCCGAGGCAUGCAUUGGCCUAGUGGCGCAACUCGUAACCCGUGAGGCCGUUGUGAUGCCCGGCGUGGCUGCCACAGAGGCAGCAGCUCUUCAGCGGGCGGCGGGUGAGGCGAAGGUGCCUGCCCAAAUCGGCUCUCUUGGAGGCUUCACGAGCUUCACUGAGGACCAGCUGCAACAGCUGUUGAGUCUUCAGCGAAAAGACAGCGGGGUGAAACUGCCGGAUCACGCAAAAUCUGGGGAAACCCCCUCAGGGAAUGGUGUUGAAUGUCCAGCAGGGGCCGCCGACAUUUGUCCGGGCUCUUUGCGGAAGGCGGCAUCGCCAGCUUGCGACGCUGUAGCGAAAGGAGCUACAUCUGCGCAUGCAAAUAUGGCAGCAAGUGCGCCGGCAGCUCAGCGUCGACCCCCACUUGGUUUCGGUUCCGCGGCACCAAGGCGUCUGUCCAUUGUGAAAAGGGAAAGCGAGCCAUGUUUGCGUCCCAGCAAGCCACUCCAUUCAAACGCCACUGCCACUGGAAAACGUACGGCGCAUCCAGAUGGUGUACACAAAGAGGGAAGUGUGGACGCAUCUCUCCAGACGCCUCUAAAGCCGACAGACGGAAAGACACGGUCUGCCUCGACCAUCCCAGUCCCCACAUCUGACGACCCACAGCCGUCGUCUCAGGACGCGCCUGCAGCAAAACCCCAGGAGUCUGCUGCGGUAGAGAAGGCGCCCCUAAUGCCAACGAGUACAGCCAAGGCCCCACAAGAGUCCAAAGAGGCCGCGAAGGCGCCUCUUGUUCCGAAGGUGGCGCCGAAGGAUGCCCCCGCUGCGACGCAGGCACCGAAGGCGGAGGGAGGGGAGCCGAAGGCGGCGGCUACGGCCCCAGAAGCAGCUGAUGCACCGAAGGCGGCGGUGGUUGCGAAGGUGCCAACGAAGGCCGCGGUUGUGUCUAAGGAGGGCGCGAAGGCGCCUCUGGUUCCGAAGGUGGCGCCGAAGGAUGCCCCCGCUGCGACGCAGGCACCGAAGGCGGAGGGAGGGGAGCCGAAGGCGGCGGCUACGGCCCCAGAAGCAGCUGAUGCACCGAAGGCGGCAGGGGUUGCGAAGGUGCCAACGAAGGCUGCGGUUGUGUCCAAGGAGGGCGCGAAGGCGCCUUUUGUUCCGAAGGUAGCGCCGAAGGAUGCCCCCGCUGCGACGCAGGCACCGAAGGCGGAGGGAGGGGAGCCGAAGGCGGCGGCUACGGCCCCAGAAGCAGCUGAUGCACCGAAGGCGGCAGUGGUUGCGAAGGUGCCAACGAAGGCCGCGGUUGUGUCCAAGGAGGGCGCGAAGGCGCCUCUGGUUCCGAAGGUGGCGCCGAAGGAUGCCCCCGCUGCGACGCAGGCACCGAAGGCGGAGGGAGUGGAGCCGAAGGCGGCGGCUACGGCCCCAGAAGCAGCUGAUGCACCGAAGGCGGCAGGGGUUGCGAAGGUGCCAAGGAAGGCCGCGGUUGUGUCUAAGGAGGGCGCGAAGGCGCCUCUGGUUCCGAAGGUGGCGCCGAAGGAUGCCCCCGCUGCGACCCAGGCACCGAAGGCGGAGGGAGGGGAGCCGAAGGCGGCGGCUACGGCCCCAGAAGCAGCUCAUGCACCGAAGGCGGCAGGGGUUGGGAAGGCGCCAACGAAGGCUGCGGUUGUGUCCAAGGAGGGCGCGAAGGCGCCUCUGGUUCCGAAGGUGGCGCCGAAGGAUGCCCCCGCUGCGACGCAGGCACCGAAGGCGGAGGGAGGGGAGCCGAAGGCGGCGGCUACGGCCCCAGAGGCAGCUGAUGCACUGAAGGCGGCAGUGGUUGCGAAGGUGCCAACGAAGGCCGCGGUUGUGUCCAAGGAGGGCGCGAAGGCGCCUUUUGUUCCGAAGGUAGCGCCGAAGGAUGCCCCCGCUGCGACGCAGGCACCGAAGGCGGAGGGAGGGGAGCCGAAGGCGGCGGCUACGGCCCCAGAAGCAGCUGAUGCACCGAAGGCGGCAGGGGUUGCGAAGGUGCCAACGAAGGCUGCGGUUGUGUCCAAGGAGGGCGCGAAGGCGCCUCUUGUUCCGAAGGUAGCGCCGAAGGAUGCCCCCGCUGCGACGCAGGCACCGAAGGCGGAGGGAGGGGAGCCGAAGGCGGCGGCUACGGCCCCAGAAGCAGCUGAUGCACCGAAGGCGGCAGGGGUUGCGAAGGUGCCAACGAAGGCUGCGGUUGUGUCCAAGGAGGGCGCGAAGGCGCCUCUUGUUCCGAAGGUGGCGCCGAAAGGUACUCCCGCUGCGAAGGAGGCUCCAGCGGUACAUGGAUCCGAGAUCCAAGCGGCUCCCACGGGUUCGGAGAGAAUGGCGGUCCCCAGGAGCCCCGAGAGUGGUGGAGUCGCUAAGGCGCCGCUGCUGCCGAAAGGCACUCUGAAGGCAGCCGUGGGCCCCAAAGAUGCUCACAAAGCGGCGCUGGGGCCGACCGGUGCGCCCACUGUCCCCGCUGCCGGUGAAGCAGUCGAGGAAAAGGAGAAGAAAGUUCCAGAUGACGCUGCGACCGCGACAGCAGAUCUCACUGAGCCGACACCGUCAGGUGGCAUUGCGGGAUUCUUCUAUAAUAUCUUCGGAGCUCCCGCCACAGAGACGACGGCCGAAGUUGUUGAGAAGGCUGCAGAAGACACUGAAAAGAACGAGUCUGACGGGAAGGCGAAUGAAACCCCAGGCGCUCUAGACGAACCGCCGGCAGGCGCACAACUUGCCACGAACCUUCCGCCGGCCAAGGACGCGCUGAAAGCGGCGUCACCGGCGAAGGAUGCGUCCAAGAGUUUGCCGGUGUCCAAGUCGAAGCCUGCAGCGUCGCCGCCCGUUGAGGCGGCCGGGGUCCCCGAGGCUGGCGACGCUGCUAAGGCCCCAACUGUGCCUCGGCUUGCAAAAGACCCCAGCAUGGUGCCUCAUGCGAAGAUGACCCCGAAGCUCCCUCCAGCGGCGAAAGAGCCCGCGAAGGCGCCCGUGGUGCCGAAGGAAGCCCCCGCUGCGACGCAGGCACCGAAGGCGGAGGGAGGGGAGCCGAAGGCGGCGGCUACGGCCCCAGAAGCAGCUGAUGCACCGAAGGCGGCGGUGGUUGCGAAGGUGCCAACGAAGGCUGCGGUUGUGUCGAAGGAGGGCGCGAAGGCGCCUCUGGUUCCGAAGGUGGCGCCGAAGGAUGCCCCCGCUGCGACGCAGGCACCGAAGGCGGAGGGAGGGGAGCCGAAGGCGGCGGCUACGGCCCCAGAAGCAGCUGAUGCACCGAAGGCGGCAGGGGUUGCGAAGGUGCCAACGAAGGCUGCGGUUGUGUCCAAGGAGGGCACGAAGGCGCCUCUUGUUCCGAAGGUAGCGCCGAAGGAUGCCCCCGCUGCGACGCAGGUAACGAAGGCGGAGGGAGGGGAGGCGAAGGCGGCGGCUACGGCCCCAGAAGCAGCUGAUGCACCGAAGGCGGCAGGGGUUGCGAAGGUGCCAACGAAGGCUGUGGUUGUGUCCAAGGAGGGCGCGAAGGCGCCUCUGGUUCCGAAGGUGGCGCCGAAGGAUGCCCCCGCUGCUACGCAGGCACCGAAGGCGGAGGGAGGGGAGCCGAAGGCGGCGGCUACGGCCCCAGAAGCAGCUGAUGCACCGAAGGCGGCAGGGGUUGCGAAGGCGCCAACGAAGGCUGCGGUUGUGUCCAAGGAGGGCGCGAAGGCGCCUCUGGUUCCGAAGGUGGCGCCGAAGGAUGCCCCCGCUGCGACGCAGGCACCGAAGGCGGAGGGAGGGGAGCCGAAGGCGGCGGCUACGGCCUCAGAAGCAGCUGAUGCACCGAAGGCGGCAGGGGUUGCGAAGGUGCCAACGAAGGCUGUGGUUGUGUCCAAGGAGGGCGCGAAGGCGCCUCUGGUUCCGAAGGUGGCGCCGAAGGAUGCCCCCGCUGCGACACAGGCACCGAAGGCGGAGGGAGUGGAGCCGAAGGCGGCGGCUACGGCCCCAGAAGCAGCUGAUGCACCGAAGGCGGCGGUGGUUGCGAAGGUGCCAACGAAGGCUGCGGUUGUGUCCAAGGAGGGCGCGAAGGCGCCUCUGGUUCCGAAGGUGGCGCCGAAGGAUGCCCCCGCUGCGACGCAGGCACCGAAGGCGGAGGGAGGGGAGCCGAAGGCGGCGGCUACGGCCCCAGAAGCAGCUGAUGCACCGAAGGCGGCAGGGGUUGCGAAGGUGCCAACGAAGGCUGCGGUUGUGUCCAAGGAGGGCGCGAAGGCGCCUCUGGUUCCGAAGGUGGCGCCGAAGGAUGCCCCCGCUGCGACGCAGGCACCGAAGGUGGAGGGAGGGGAGCCGAAGGCGGCGGCUACGGCCCCAGAGGCAGCUGAUGCACCGAAGGCGGCAGUGGUUGCGAAGGUGCCAACGAAGGCCGCGGUUGUGUCCAAGGAGGGCGCGAAGGCGCCUUUUGUUCCGAAGGUAGCGCCGAAGGAUGCCCCCGCAGCGACGCUGGCACCGAAGGCGGAGGCGGCAGCGAAGGAUGCUCCGAAGCAGGAUGAGGCGAAGGACGUCACGGCUGAGCUGGCCUCGAAGGAUGAUGUUCGAGGGGGAGGCCAGCAGGAAAAUCCUGCGGACCAUGCUGCGGCCGCAGCAGCCGAGCUCACCCAGCGGGCUCCAUCAGGCGGUAUUGCAGGAUUCUUUUAUAAUAUCUUCGGAGCUCCCGCCGCAGAGACGACGGCCGAAGUUGUUGAGAAGGCUGCGGAAGACACUGAAAAGAACGAGCCUGACGGAAAGGCGAAUGAAGCCCCAGGCGCUCUAGACAAGCCACCGGCAGGCGGUCCCUCUGGCGCGCAGCUUCCGCCGGCCAAAGAGGCCCCCAAAAGCGCAUCCCUGCCCACAGAUGCAUCCCUCACUUUGCCGGUGGCCAAGCCUACGCCCGGGUCUCAGCCCCCUGCUGACGCAGCCAAGGUCACCGAGUCUGGUGACUCCGCUAAGGCACUCGAGUCAGCCCAGCUCGCAAAGGCGCCCAAGGUAGGGCCUGAGGCGAAGAUGGCGCCGAAGCUCCCUCCGGCGGCGAAGGAGGCGGCGAAGGCGGCUGUGGUGCCGAAGGUGGGACCGAAGGAUGGCCCCGCUCCGAAGGACGCACCGAAGGCAGAGGGCGCUGAGACGAAGGAGGCGCCCAAGGCGGUGGAGGCGGCAGCGAAGGAUGCUCCGAAGCAGGAUGAGGCGAAGGAUGGCGCCGGGCGAACGGAGACACCUAAGGUAGGGCCUGAGGCGAAGAUGGCGCCGAAGCUCCCUCCGGCGGCGAAGGAGGCGGCGAAGGUGGCUGUGGUGCCGAAGGUGGGACCGAAGGAUGGCCCCGCUCCGAAGGACGCACCGAAGGCAGAGGGCGCUGAAACGAAGGAGGCGCCCAAGGCGGAGGCGGCAGCGAAGGAUGCUCCGAAGCAGGAUGAGGCGAAGGACGUCACGGCUGAGCUGGCCUCGAAGGAUGAUGUUCGAGGGGGAGGCCAGCAGGAAAAUCCUGCGGACCAUGCUGCGGCAGCAGCAGCCGAGCUCACCCAGCGAGCUCCGUCAGGCGGUAUUGCAGGAUUCUUUUAUAAUAUCUUCGGAGCUCCCGCCGCAGAGACGACGGCCGAAGUUGUUGAGAAGGCUGCGGAAGACACUGAAAAGAACGAGCCUGACGGAAAGGCGAAUGAAGCCCCAGGCGCUCUAGACAAGCCACCGGCAGGCGGUCCCUCUGGCGCGCAGCUUCCGCCGGCCAAAGAGGCCCCCAAAAGCGCAUCCCUGCCCACAGAUGCAUCCCUCACUUUGCCGGUGGCCAAGCCUACGCCCGGGUCUCAGCCCCCUGCUGACGCAGCCAAGGUCACCGAGUCUGGUGACUCCGCUAAGGCACUCGAGUCAGCCCAGCUCGCAAAGGCGCCCAAGGUAGGGCCUGAGGCGAAGAUGGCGCCGAAGCUCCCUCCGGCGGCGAAGGAGGCGGCGAAGGCGGCUGUGGUGCCGAAGGUGGGACCGAAGGAUGGCCCCGCUCCGAAGGACGCACCGAAGGCAGAGGGCGCUGAGACGAAGGAGGCGCCCAAGGCGGUGGAGGCGGCAGCGAAGGAUGCUCCGAAGCAGGAUGAGGCGAAGGAUGGCGCCGGGCGAACGGAGACACCUAAGGUAGGCCCUGAGGCGAAGAUGGCGCCAAAGCUCCCUCCGGCGGCGAAGGAGGCGGCGAAGGCGGCUGUGGUGCCGAAAGUGGGACCGAAGGAUGGCCCCGCUCCGAAGGACGCACCGACGGCAGAGGGCGCUGAGACGAAGGAGGCGCCCAAGGCGGUGGAGGCGGCAGCGAAGGAUGCUCCGAAGCAGGAUGAGGCGAAGGAUGGCGCCGGGCGAACGGAGACACCUAAGGUAGGGCCUGAGGCGAAGAUGGCGCCGAAGCUCCCUCCGGCGGCGAAGGAGGCGGCGAAGGUGGCUGUGGUGCCGAAGGUGGGACCGAAGGAUGGCCCCGCUCCGAAGGACGCACCGAAGGCAGAGGGCGCUGAAACGAAGGAGGCGCCCAAGGCGGAGGCGGCAGCGAAGGAUGCUCCGAAGCAGGAUGAGGCGAAGGACGUCACGGCUGAGCUGGCCUCGAAGGAUGAUGUUCGAGGGGGAGGCCAGCAGGAAAAUCCUGCGGACCAUGCUGCGGCAGCAGCAGCCGAGCUCACCCAGCGAGCUCCGUCAGGCGGUAUUGCAGGAUUCUUUUAUAAUAUCUUCGGAGCUCCCGCCGCAGAGACGACGGCCGAAGUUGUUGAGAAGGCUGCAGAAGACACUGAAAAGAACGAGCCUGACGGAAAGGCGAAUGAAGCCCCAGGCGCUCUAGACAAGCCACCGGCAGGCGGUCCCUCUGGCGCGCAGCUUCCGCCGGCCAAAGAGGCCCCAAAGCGCAUCCCUGCCCACAGAUGCAUCCCUCACUUUGCCGGUGGCCAAGCCUACGCCCGGGUCUCAGCCCCCUGCUGA